CCUCACUUCAAACGGAAGUAGCAAACCAUGCUACUUCCGCUAGUUACCUCAUAGCUCUUUGACUGUAGCAGAGCUCAGAUCAUCGCUGUUCUGGUCAAGAAGGCCAAAUAGCGUCAAGAGUCAUGUUGCGAUUGCCAAACGUCGGCCGGGCUCUAGCCGGAGCUGCCAAGAGCAGCCUGGCUCCCUCCAACACUGUGCGUACUCCAGUGCGUGCUGCCAGCACCAUGGUGGAAGUGUUUGUGGACGGGAAACCAAUGGAGGUGGAGCCUGGAACUACUGUACUGCAGGCCUGUGAGAAGGCAGGAAUCCAGAUCCCCAGGUUCUGUUACCACGAGCGCCUCUCAGUAGCGGGAAACUGUCGUAUGUGUCUGGUGGAGAUUGAGAAAGCCCCAAAGCCGGUAGCAGCCUGUGCCAUGCCCGUCAUGAAGGGCUGGAACAUCCUCACCAACUCAGAGAAGACACGCAAAGCCAGAGAGGGAGUGAUGGAGUUCCUGUUGGCCAACCACCCACUGGACUGUCCCAUCUGUGAUCAGGGAGGAGAGUGUGACCUACAGGAUCAGUCCAUGCAGUUUGGUUCAGACCGCAGUCGUUUCACAGAAGGGAAGAGAGCGGUGGAGGAUAAGAACAUCGGGCCGCUCAUCAAAACCAUCAUGACCCGCUGCAUCCAGUGCACACGCUGCGUCCGUUUUGCCAGUGAGAUCGCAGGCGUUGAAGACCUGGGAACAACCGGAAGAGGAAACAACCUGCAGAUCGGGACGUACGUGGAGAAGAUGUUCAUGUCAGAGCUGUCGGGCAACGUCAUCGACGUCUGUCCCGUCGGAGCGCUCACCUCCAAACCCUACGCUUUCACCGCACGACCGUGGGAGACCAGGAAAACAGAGUCGAUUGACGUGCUGGACGCCGUGGGCAGCAACAUCAUAGUGAGCACGAGAGGAGGGGAGGUGAUGAGGGUGAUGCCCAGGCUGAACGAAGACGUCAACGAAGAAUGGAUCUCUGACAAGACCAGGUUUGCAUAUGAUGGUCUGAAGAGGCAGAGGUUGACCCAACCAAUGGUGAAGGAUGAUUCAGGUCAGCUGACCCCGACCACCUGGGAGGACGCUCUCACUCGCGUCGCUGGAGCACUGCAGAGUGUGCAGGGCAGCGAGGUAGCAGCCAUCGCAGGAGGGAUGGCCGACGCUGAAGCUCUGGUGUCCCUCAAAGACCUCCUCAACAGACUCAACUCAGAGAACCUCUGCACUGAGGAGGUCUUUCCCAUGUCGGGAGCAGGCACCGACCUGCGCUCCAACUACCUGUUGAACUCCCGCAUCGCCGGCAUCGAGGACUGCGACCUGCUGCUGCUCGUAGGAACCAACCCGCGCUACGAAGCCCCGCUGUUCAACGCCCGAAUCCGCAAGAGUUGGCUCCACAAUGAGCUGCGUGUCGCCGUGGUGGGUCACAAUGUUGAUCUGAGUUUCUCCUACGAUCACCUGGGAGAGGAGACGUCCGUACUGAAGGAGCUGGCUGACGGCACGCACCCCUUCUGCCAGGUCCUCUCGACUGCUAAGCGUCCGGUAGUGAUCGUGGGCAGCAGCGCUCUGCAGAGAGAAGACGGAGCCGCGAUUUUGAGCACCGUCUCCACCAUCGCACAGAACGCCAGAACCAGCAGCGGAGUGGAAGAGGGGUGGAAAGUCCUCAACGUCCUGCACAGAGUGGCCGGUCAGGUGGCUGCGUUGGACCUGGGCUACAAGGCUGGCGUGGACGCCAUCAGGGCAAAUCCACCCAAAGUGCUGUUCCUGCUGGGAGCUGACGCCGGCUGCAUCACCAGAGCCGACCUUCCUAAAGACAGCCUCGUCAUCUACCAGGGUCACCAUGGCGACGUAGGAGCACCGAUGGCAGACAUCAUCCUACCCGGUGCUGCGUACACGGAGAAAAACGCAACCUACGUGAACACCGAGGGAAGGAGCCAGCACACACGGGUGGCGGUCACCGCUCCUGGGUUGGCCAGAGAGGACUGGAAGAUCCUCAGGGCCGUAUCUGAGCUUGCCGGUGUGGCGCUGCCCUACGACUCUCUGGAGGAGGUCCGGUCCAGACUAGCCGAGGUGUCUCCUAAUCUAGUCCGUUACGACGACGUAGAGGAGGCAAACUACUUCAAGCAGGCUAAUGAACUCGCCCAGGCUGUGAACCAGGACCUCGUAGCAGGUCCUCUGGUGCCGCCUCAGCUAACAGCAAAGGACUUCUACAUGACAGACUCUAUCAGCAGGGCGUCCCAGACGAUGGCCAAAUGCGUCAAAGCCGUGACGGAAGGAGCCGCCGCCGUCGACGAGCCGUCAGUUUGCUGAACACCCGCCCCGCAUCGGUACAUCUCCUCUGCUGAAACAACGCACACCUCUCCGAACAAAACUCGGUGUCGCUCCGUAAUUUAAAGUUGUCCUUAAAUGCUUGUACUAUACAGUUAGAUCGUUUUCACUCCUGUGAACAGGCUUUGUUGAAUAAAGCGUAUAAAGAAAUAUGAAAUAUGAAUAAAAUCUUACAAAUGUCCA